AUGGGCGCGGCUCGGACGUGCGUGCUUCUAAUGUUUAUUUUAGUUCAGUUGCAACUAAUCAAUACACAACCAUUUUUGGACUCACUGAUUUGUGAUAUCUUCUGCGAUGACGACGAUUCUUCCGAUUUCUGUGAAGAUUGUUCAAGUUCGGAGUCAUCGAGCUCGAGCAAACCCAGCGCUAGCUCUGCAGCCAAGAAGCCUUCGCAAAACAUUACAAUAAAGAUCCCUGCAUCGAAAGGUACAAUCUUGGACAUAUUCAAUAUUAAUGGUAUAUGGUCAGUAAACGUUGACGCUCAGGGUGACAAAGAUGAUGCAUCUUCGGUAACUCCGUCUACAUCAACUUCUUCAGCAGCUACAGCAUCCACAACCCCAGCAGCCACUACAGCAGCAGCUAGAAGGAAGUAG